AUGCCGCCUAAACCGCUGUUCAGAGGUGGAGAGGAGGACGAGUCUAUGGACCUGCGUUCCACCUCCCCGGACCCUGCUAGGCAGAGCAGCGGGUCUCGAGCAAAAGCAUCAUCGCAGCGCAAAAGUACGCCCAUUAGUCGACCGGACAGCAACAUCUCUGCUUCCCCAGAUCGCGCACUUUCGCAGAGUGAGAUGAACGUGGAUGAGGGGGCCGCGGCAGACAUGCUCCAGCAAGCAGCAGAAGCUUCAUCCUCGGCAUCCGCAUCCGCAUCCGCAUCCGCAUCGGCAGCUGCGCCAACAUCUCCACCAAAAUCGUCCCUCUCAUCGCCCAAAAAGUCCGAAGCGUCUCUUCGGCAACAAGAAGAAGAGUCACGCGACCCUUCCCUCUUGGCAUCUCUACCCGUCUACCUCUCCUCUUCCCUUCCCCCAUCUUCUCGUCUCUCGCUCUUCCAAUACCCCACCUAUCCGCGCGGUCAACCUCUGCCAAUCCCCGACUCGGCACGCUCAAGGGGUCUCUCCGAAGCGGCUCGCUGGAGGCCCAAGGCGAAUCGCGUCGAGGUGGAGCUGCCGCUAGACCUGCGUCCCGUAGUGUACAAUAUGGACAAGGGGCAGAACAUGGCGAUGGGCGCGGAGCAUGGCGGCACGUUUGGAAAGGAUUCGAGCGCUGGCAGCUCUGCGAUGGGCGAUGAUCAGAGACGAGUCAAGGUGAAAAGGGAAAAGGAAGACUUGCCUGCGAAGAUCAAGAGGUUGGAGAGGACGCGAUUAGAGAGCUCCUUGGUGCCCAACCAGACCAAGUACAUGGUCGGCGUCAUUCGUGAUGGUGCGUGCAAAGCGCAUACAUGCAGCAAAACGCUGCAAGUGGUCAUCUCGGACCAUUGACUAACACCGCUUUGCUGUGCCCUGUCCUUAGGCGCUCUCCAUCUCACUCCCCUGGACUCGGUACUUCAGCUGCGCCCCUCGAUGCACUACCUAGAUGGGCUAGAUGUGCAAGCCCGCAAAGAAGCCAAAGCCGAUCGAGGCGAGGAGGACGAUUCGGGAGCCGAGGGCGGGGGUGGGGGCGGUGCGAGUGGCAAAGUCAACGGUUCCGCAAGCGCGGCUGCGGCGAAGAGAAGCAUCGUCAAUGUGACCAAUCGAUCGGGAGAGGAUACGAAGCAGAACAUUAUGAGGACUCAGCACGAGGCAGAGGCGGAGAGCUGGAUCGAGCUCGCGUGGAAGACGGAAGAGGUGAGUCGAGGCUAGUAGCACGGUGGUGGGAUGUAUGCGCUCUCGAUGGGACUGAGCUGAAGGCGCCUCUCGCAUGGUCACCCCUACGUUUCGUAACAGACCAGCGAAGCUCAAAAGGUUUUCGAAAGCCAGCUUUUCGCUUCCACAAAAACGCCAUUGCAGUGCACCACGAAGAUGAGGGAGUUUUUGCCGAGCGGUAUAGAAGGCGAGUGA